CCCAGAGCUGUGCGGGGCUCGUGCCCCUUUAAGAAGCCAGAAGCCGCCAAGGAACAUGGUGAUGAGUUUUCGAGUCUCUGACCUUCAGAUGCUCCUGGGUUUCGUUGGCCGGAGUAAGAGUGGACUAAAGCACGAACUUGUCACCAGGGCCCUCCAGCUGGUCCAGUUUGACUGUAGCCCUGAGCUGUUCAAGAAGAUCAAGGAGCUCUAUGAGACCCGCUAUGCCAAGAAGAAUGCGGAGCCCGUUCCCCAGCCCCACCGGCCCCUGGACCCCCUGACCAUGCACUCCACCUAUGACCGGGCCGGCACAGUGCCCAGGACUCCCCUCUCUGGCCCCAAUAUUGACUACCCCGUGCUCUACGGGAAGUACUUAAAUGGACUGGGACGGUUGCCCGCCAAGACCCUCAAGCCAGAAGUCCGCCUGGUGAAACUACCCUUCUUUAAUAUGUUGGAUGAAUUGCUGAAGCCCACUGAGUUAGUUCCACAGAAUAAUGAGAAGCUUCAGGAGAGCCCGUGCAUCUUUGCGUUGACACCGAGGCAGGUGGAGCUGAUCCGGAACUCCAGAGAGCUGCAGCCCGGAGUCAAAGCCGUGCAGGUCGUCCUAAGAAUCUGUUACUCAGACACCAGCUGCCCUCAGGAAGACCAGUACCCACCCAACAUUGCCGUGAAGGUCAAUCACAGCUACUGCUCUGUCCCGGGCUACUACCCCUCAAACAAGCCCGGAGUGGAGCCCAAGAGGCCCUGCCGCCCCAUCAACCUCACCCACCUCAUGUACCUGUCCUCGGCCACCAACCGCAUCACUGUCACCUGGGGGAACUAUGGCAAGAGCUACUCCGUGGCCUUGUACCUGGUGCGGCAGCUGACCUCGUCGGAGUUGCUGCAGAGAUUGAAAACCAUCGGAGUCAAGCACCCGGAGCUGUGCAAGGCACUUGUCAAAGAGAAGCUGCGCCUCGAUCCUGACAGCGAGAUCGCCACCACCGGCGUGCGGGUCUCCCUCAUCUGCCCGCUGGUGAAGAUGCGGCUCUCGGUGCCCUGCCGGGCAGAGACCUGCGCCCACCUGCAGUGCUUCGACGCCGUCUUCUACCUGCAGAUGAACGAGAAGAAGCCCACCUGGAUGUGCCCGGUGUGCGACAAGCCAGCCCCCUACGACCAGCUCAUCAUUGAUGGGCUCCUCUCCAAGAUCCUGAACGAGUGCCAGGACGCCGAUGAGAUCGAGUACCUGGUGGACGGCUCAUGGUGCCCGAUCCGCGCUGAGAAGGAACGGAGCUGCAGUCCCCAGGGCCCCAUCCUUGUGCUCGGCACCUCAGAUGCCAAUGGGCUACUGCCCACCCCCAAUGUCAACGGCAGCAGCACGCUCAGUGGUGUGGGUGGCGGGGGCAGCUCGGUCAGCGGCGUGGAGAAUGGGAAGCCGGGGGCCGACGUGGUGGACCUCACGCUGGACAGCUCGUCGUCCUCGGAGGACGAGGACGAGGAAGAUGAGGACGAGGACGAGGACGAGGAGGGCCCGCGGCCCAAGCGGCGCUGCCCCUUCCAGAAGGGCCUGGUGCCAGCCUGCUGAUGCCGGCGCGGACACACGACUUUCCUGGUGCUCACCACGCGGAGGGGCGCGGGCCAGCCUCGGGGUGCAGGGGCGGGUGGCGAUUUUCUUCUUUCUGUUGUUGUUUGUUUUCUUUUUCCACCCCUUUCCCUGGCUCCUGGCACCUGUACCUCUCUGGACUCUCCUAUCCGGGGAUUAAAAAAAAAGGAAAAUGACAAAAAAA